AAGGUUGGCAAAACUUUUUGGAGGCUCUGCUUGAAUACACGUGAUUUUCCUGACUGACAGGAAAUCAAAAUAAACAAUAACAGGGAGAUUACAAUUUAUGACUCAUCAAAACUCAAACGCGGAAAGGGUAUAUUAUUAUUUCUAAACGAGGAAAGCUGUUGCACAACGCGACAAGGCGCCCCAGUUGUGCAGAGCCCAUCAAGUCUGGGACAAGAACCGAGAACGGAUUAAUUAGUGGUUAAUUCGGUGCGUUUAAUCUACGCUAACGAUGGCCAGCACCUACACGGAGGCGGCUCUGUUCGUGGACGACGCCGAGGAGGUGGUCGAGGCGGAGUCGCAGCCCCAAAAUAGCCCCGCGGCGACGCAAGCGCCUCUGCUCCUUAACCCCAAGGACCCUUGCAGUUUUUGUUCUGAAGAAGACUUUAUUGUUUUUUCCGAGUUUUCUGAAGUGGUCGGCCCCUAUCCCUUGCUCACCGUUCCGCCACACAUUCAUGACGAAACUGAGAUUGACAUGAACAAUUUCAUCCUCAAAAUAAUGUCCGUCGACUAUCAAGCGAAUCCAAGUGGCCAGUUUAUUUUGGCAGAGGACGCGCAAGUGCUGCACACGCUGGUGAUUCCAGGCGUCCACGCCUACGUCCAUUAUUUCACUCUACACGACCUGCAUGCCAGAGGAUUCGUUAGACCGAUGUGCCUUGCCUUUGUUACCAGGGACAAAAACAAACUCGAGAAAUCGUUUCUUCAGCUCAGAGAAAGUUUCCUAAGGGUGACCGAGUAUAUUAAGUUGGACAACAGGCAGGGUUUCUUAGAAGACAUUAAGCACGCUUUGCAAUGCUUGCGGUCGACCCAAGAACAGUACUUUAAACUGAGAAAAUUGGAGGAUGAGCACCAAGCUCUCACCGAUGAAUCUAAGGAGUUUCUGAACUCCAUUGAUAUUGAACAGCUAGUCAAUCAAUAUGCUGAGCUCAAAAAUUUAUUCCACACUGUCGAACCGUCCCUGGCCAAAGAGGCUGAAUUAGAGGAACUAAAAGACUGGUCCUGCCUGAUCAAAAACUCAAAUCUGCCUGAAGUAAAACGCAUCAUACAAAAUGUAGAAGGCCACACACCAAGAUUGAUGAACAUGAGCGGCUCGAGGAAGUCGCGCUACAUCCGUCCUGUCGUCUCCAUCAGUCCGUGGGGCUUUUCAGCCGCCAUGUGGAAACUGAUGGAUCUCCAGAAGUAUUUCGCCAAGUGCUCUCUCAGCGUCGAUCUGAACCUGGUCCAAACCAGCUAUCACCAAGCUUUCCCUGGACAAGGGUUGUAUUUCAGAGAAAUGACGCACGCCCUUGAAAACGCCGAUUUUCUAAGAAUUUUGAACAACCUCACAGACCCCAAGGAGUGGAAAAGGGAGAAUAGCUUGAUCAUGGACAAUCUGAAAGAUUACAGCAGCAGUGAAAGCAACUGCAGCUUCCACUCAGCAAAGCCUUCCUUGCAAAGUUCCUCAACAGACAGUUUUGGUGAUCUGGAAAAACCUUUAUCUGAUUGGGCGUUAAAUGAAAACGUAGGAAAUACCUGGUCAGAUUGUUUGUGGAGUGAAAUCUCUCUUCACGGAAAACCAGGCCACCGUAUAUUGGAAUUCUUUUCUGAAUAUUCAUCUGCUGCUCGUCACUUGAUAUAUUCAAUUCUGAUUGGGAGAACUGUCGUAUUAGCAGGACCAAAGAACUUACGAGAAAAAGCUGUUGAUAUGAUUUCAGCUUUAACUCCUUUAAUUCCUAAUAGAGAUCCAAAGAGUGUGCUCGAAUGGCACCAAGGGAUUUUGGUCUCAUUUCAUCUGGACCAUUAUAAACUAGUAGGGCUCUGCGUGCCAGAGAGAUUGACAGUCCAUGAACUGAUCAACAGUUUAGACAAAAACAGAGUGACAAUUUUGGAUCUGAUAUCAAAGCAGCUGCUGGGACCAGCCUACUCUGGUUCACUGCUGAGCACCCUCUCACCGAGCGCCGUUGCCCUCCACAAAAGCGACCAGAGUCUGAUUUUAAUGCUUCACGCCGUGCUGUGCGAAAUCGACCAGAAAGUGUCUCUCUGCAGACUAGCUGGUCAGCACUGCCUCUCAGAUUUGGGCCUGCAUGGCUGUGACGCCAGUAUUGUCAAGUAUUUAGCCCAACUGAGCAAGAACAACGAAACUACGCUGUGAUUUAACUCCAAACACUUUUCUAAUUAAUUUAUAGAUAUUUAUAUGCGUGUGUAACAAAGACAUGGCUUUUACGAACAAAUUUCAAGUGUACCUAAAAUAAAUAAAGAUGUAUAUCAACUCGAGGAUCAAA